CGAUCUUUCUCCUCGGUCUCAUAGGCUGCGAAUUCCCUCAGAAUCUUUCUUUUGCGGGUCGCUAUUAUGCUUGCAAGCCCGCGGCGGCCGGAGUCCAUCUUCUACUGCGGGGCCGACCGCUCAUAGAUGUAUAUAUAAGUUUUGUCUUCUCAUCUUUAGACAAUCUUCAUCACCCCAAAUAUCCAAUUUAAUCUACAAUUACUCAUCCCCACACUUAUCGAACAAAAUGGCAGUCCAGACUCUCGAAGUCCACCCUCUCGAUGGCCCCCACCCCCAGUUCGGGGCUGAAAUCGAUAAUGUCGACUUAGACAACCUUUCAGACGCAGAUUUUGAGACUAUCCGGAAUACUUUGUACAACUACCAUGUCAUUGUUCUUAAGAAUCAAGCUGGUGUCUCCCCAAAAGCUCAAUACGAAAUCACCAAAAGAUUUGACCCAGCUUGUGAAGGCAACUAUGGCCACGGAAAGACCCUUGAUGCCAAGCGAUCCGUUCUUCACCCAGAUCUCAAGACAAUCCCCCACCAGCCACAAGUCCAAGUAAUUGGUAAUGGACACUAUGACGAAUACGAGGGCUUGAAGGACAUCACUCUGAAGCAUCCUCACCACAAGAGCUUCCACAAGAGUGUUAUCUCUGAGGAGGAUGAUUUGGACUUCACGAGAUUCUACAGAUGGCACAUUGAUGCUGCUCUUUACGCUCUAAACCCACCAAAGGUCACCUCCCUAAUGGCUGUCAAGGUUCCUGCUGGAAGACGCCAGACACUUCGAUAUGAUGAUGGGACUGGAGAGGAGAUGGACGUCCCUCUUGGAACCACCGCUUUCGUUUCAGGCCAGAACAUGUACGACAUCCUAAGCGAGGAGGACAAGGAGUUUGUCCGUGGAGCAAAAGUCGAAUAUGCAGCGCAUCCAUACAUUUGGAUGAGUCCAGCCAAGAGCCGAACGGAUGGCCUGGGAAUGAUCUCUGAUGGAUUGGAAUUGCCCCUUUCUGAGCUACCUCCCGUGGACGAGAGUCAAAUUAAGAUCUUGCCAAUGUGCUGGAAGAAUCCUGUGACGGGCAAGCUCGCUCUUCAAAUCCACCCGUCAGCUAUCAAGGCCAUUCACAAGCCAAACGGAGAUGUGAUCACGGACUUGAAGGAGGCCAGGGAUCUAGUUCAUCGAUUGCAGCGCCCUGCCAUCUCCCCUAAGUAUGUGUACGCACAUGACUGGGUUGAGGGCGAUUUCGUCCUCUUCAAUAACCAAGGUGUGACACACUCUGUUGUUGGUGCUUUCAGCCCUGAAGAGCGCCGCUUGUUCAGACAGUGCAACAUGGCAAGCAGCGAAGGUGUGAUGGGAGCUGACGGGAUCCUCUACUAGGGGAUGACUGAGACUUGGGCGGAGCGAAGAUGAUGACAUGUGCUUGAUGAUGCUUUUGCUUUCUUGUGAUUGUGGGAGCAUUUACGAACUCGGCGUUUUGGAUGUAUCUAAGCCUCAAUGGAGAGGAACUUGGCAUUUGAACGUAACAAAGCGUAUACCC